AUGACAACAGCCGUAAGUCCCUCGACUCCAAAGCAUAAUAAGUCGGACUUAUACCAUUGGAGUAAAGACGAAAUUGUUCAAAGAGUUUUGGAACUAGAAGAGGAACUUGUAGAUUUUCAAGGAUAUUCCAAAGAAUUAGAAGAAGCAUUAGAAGAAGAGUUAAAACAACUAGAACUUGAUAAUAAGAAAUUGACCUCUGUGAAGAAGGAAAAUGAAGCAACGAUCAAAAUACAGAGCACUAAGAUUAAGGAACUUACUCGACAGCUAAGAGACCAAGAAGAAACCUACAAUGAGGAUAAACUCAAGAAUGAGGCUGAAGUCCGAAGUUUAAAACAGAAACUUGUUGACAUUGAAAUCAUAAAUGACAAUAUGGAAUCCAAUGAUCGUGUGAUAUCCCAGAAACUUGAAUUACUGAAUCAAUUUAAUAAUGAACUCAUUGAGAAAAUAGCGUUAUUGGAGAAUGAUCUUUACAUGGAAAGAAAGGCUAACAACGAGAAGGAUUUGUUUAUAUCUAAUUAUCAGAACACUAUCAAUGAUUUAAAACAACAAGUGGACGAAAAUACCAAUACAGAUAUCAAUACUAGUAUUGGGGAAGUAGAUGUACUGGUUUUGAGUAUGAAGGAUGUUUUGAGGGCAGGCCCCCCAAUUUCACCUUUCAGUAAAGAUAUCAAAGACAAUAAGAAAGGAAUGGUCAAAUCAGACUCAUUACAAAAAUUGCAUGAAUUACUGGUCAAAACUGAAGGAUUAUCCAAUAGGAUCAAAUCAUUAAGGAGGGACUCAUUAUAUUUAGCCUCGCCCAAUAUUAAAUCACCAUCAACGACCCAACUUUCAAAUCAUUUACAUACCUCCAAUUCCAGAAAGGAGAAUUUUAUUGAAAAGUCAAAGACCAGUAAGAACUUAACUUCCAUGCUUAUAAAGGAAUCACAAAAAUCUGAAAAAAAGCCACUCAGUACUAUAAAUGGAUCACCUAAUGUACUGAAAAUAGAGGAUAAAUUACAUGGCAAAGAAAAGAAGCGGAAGAGAAAAGAUCUUUUUGGAAAUUUUAAAUCAUUAGCUCUUGGUCAUAGUUGA